AUUGGUGGGCAGUGUGUGUGUGCCAGGGUGGGGCGGUGCCAUGCUGCUGACCGUGUACUGCGUGCGGAGGGACCUGUCCGAGCUCACCUUCUCCCUCCAGGUCGAUGCCGACUUCGAGCUGCGCAACUUCCGCGCGCUUUGCGAGCUGGAGUCGGGCAUCCCCGCCGCCGAGACCCAGAUUGUUUAUGCAGAAAGACCGCUCACUGACAACCACAGAUCAUUGGCUUCAUACGGCUUGAAAGAUGGGGAUGUGGUGAUUUUACGGCAGAAGGAAAAUGCAGAUCCACGGCCCCCCGUGCAGUUUCCGGGUCUCCCGCGGAUAGACUUCAGUAGCAUUGCCGUGCCCGGCACAUCGGCUCCCCGGCAGCAGCAGCAGCAGCAGCAGCCGCAGCCGCAGCCAGCUCAGCAUUCCCGCUCAUCCCCGGCCGACUCUGCCUCAUUCCCUCAGGGCCUGGAUAAUCCAGCCUUACUGCGGGAGAUGCUGCUUGCCAACCCUCACGAGCUGUCCCUGCUGAAGGAGCGCAACCCUCCCCUCGCCGAAGCUCUCCUCAGCGGAGACCUCGAGAAAUUUACCAGGGUCCUGGUGGAACAGCAGCAGGACCGAGCUCGGAGGGAGCAGGAGAGGAUUCGACUCUUUUCAGCUGACCCUUUUGAUCUUGAAGCUCAAGCCAAGAUAGAAGAAGACAUAAGGCAACAGAACAUCGAGGAGAACAUGACAAUAGCCAUGGAAGAAGCCCCUGAGAGCUUUGGCCAAGUGGUGAUGCUUUACAUUAACUGCAAAGUGAACGGACAUCCGGUGAAAGCCUUCGUCGACUCAGGGGCCCAGAUGACCAUCAUGAGCCAAGCUUGUGCAGAAAGGUGUAAUAUAAUGAGACUGGUGGACCGGCGGUGGGCAGGGAUUGCUAAAGGCGUGGGGACCCAGAAAAUUAUUGGGAGGGUACAUCUAGCUCAGGUUCAGAUUGAAGGGGAUUUCCUUCCUUGUUCCUUCUCUAUACUUGAGGAGCAGCCCAUGGACAUGCUUCUAGGACUGGAUAUGCUCAAGCGACAUCAGUGUUCCAUUGACCUCAAGAAAAAUGUACUAGUGAUUGGCACCACAGGCUCGCAGACGACCUUUCUUCCAGAGGGAGAGCUGCCAGAAUGUGCAAGAUUGGCAUACGGUGCAGGACGGGAUGACAUGCGGCCAGAGGAGAUCGCAGACCAAGAACUAGCAGAAGCUCUCCAAAAAUCUGUAGAAGAUGCAGAGAAAAGUGAUAAAGAAACUACCUCACUGGGAAUGUCAUCAUUACCAACUUCGGAUGGAUUGAACUGUCCAGCCCAUUCUUCAGGACACGAUUCUAGGAUCAGUAACCCUACAAGUCUCGAUCGCUCCGUCUCAGCCCCCGCUUCAGUUUGCUCGCACGAGCCCAGGCCAACAGAGAUCUUUGAACCUAAAGCUGCAAAGGCUUCGGAGGCUUCACCUGAAUUGCAGAUAACCCCGGAAAAGAAAGAACGUUCUCCUCUUGUACAAGUCCAUCCCGGUCAUGUUUCUUCAGCAGACGGUGCCCCAGCCACCCAGGCCUCUACAAGUCCAGCUAUUGCUUUGCAGAAUUCACUGGAAGAAAUAGUCGUUGCAGACAGUCUAGAGAAAUCUCCCGAAGAGAAAAGCUCCCAGGGUUUCGAAGUCCAUCCCGAUACGGAACAGAAAGCUAGAUUGCCCAUCUCAGUCCUUGGGGUGCGAGCUCCACAGAUGGUUCUAGAUGAAGAAUGUCUGCAUUUAGAACACCUGGAACCGAGUGGAGGAAAUAACUUUCAACAACAUAAAAAUCUAAAGAAUGAGCAACUGGAAGGUGAACAGAGGGAGCCGGUUGACUCAGAUCAUCCUAAUAGCACCAAGGGCCUAGAAUUGCCUUCUAUAAGGCAGCAGAGCUGUACCGUGGUCCGACAGAACUCCAGCGAUUUACCGGCUGAAACUAAAGGAAGUACGCAGCAGAAGAUAAAUAUUCCCUGUCCAGAAGAAAGUACCCCUCCGGGGUCUUUUGACUGUUCAGAAACCCUCAUGGAAAUAGAUGUAGUUGAGCAUUCCCUUGUCACUGAGCAUAACUUGGCAAGCAGACAGAAAACUGACAUUCAGGAUGUGGCUGCAUCUGAUUUCAGCUUAGAUAAUCCUUUGAUGGAGGUAGAGAUGGCAAAGCAUAACUCCUCAUCUGAAGUUUUGAGUAAUUUGGUUUCCCCUCCUGAUUUUCCGUUCCCUGAAAGUAAUGUUGAAAUGCCUGGAACUGACACUGAAUCUCCUUAUUUAUUAGAUAGGGGUUGUUCUUCCUCAUUAAGCUCUUCUGGCCUUCGCCAACGCUCCACAGAGCCUCCAGCCCCCUGUGAAGAACCGUGUGUAUCUGUAACUGCCGCCCUAAAGGAACUUCAUGAACUUUUGGUUGUCAGUUGUAAGGAAACUUCUAAAAAUCUUGUUCCAGAAGAAGUCCUCUGUCACCCGGAAACGGCAGUGGAAGACCGUGUUAACAGCGAGGAAGUGUCUACAAAGCACCCCAAAAGAGAGCAUUUUAGGGCAGACUUGGAGGAGCAGAAUCUGGAAGGCCCCUCCCAUCAGGGGAUACCUGGGUACGGGAAAGCUGAGAAAUUCAUCGAGACGUCACCUGGGUUAGAAGGAGUGGAAACUGAUGGCUUGGAAGGUUUGGACCACAGACUGACGGCGCCUGCUGAAGAGGCUCAGAAAUCUCCAGCAUUCUCGAGGGAGAGCUCUUCAGUUUCUCUAACCUCUGCUGAAAUAUCUGAUCAGCCGAGCUGCACGCUGGGUGAGCAAACUUCACCUGGCCCCUCAGUGGGUGAUGGGAAGCCCGUCAAUCAGACUUUUGAGCAAUUUGAAUCCUUUUCAUCUGAGAUCAUAUUAGUUAAAGACCUCCAUCUGGCCACAGAAGACCUGCUGACAGGAGUGCCUCAGACCAGGGAAGAUGCCACCUUUCCCGAAGCCCCUCAGUCCCCUCGUGAUUUUGCUCCCCGAGACUCCUCUGUUCUUCCAACACCGGUUUUUCCCUCUGCGGACAUUGACCGGAUAUUGCGAGCGGGCUUCACGCUGCAGGAAGCUCUCGGGGCCUUGGAACAAGUUGGCGGAAAUGCAGACCUGGCUCUUCUCAUUUUGCUAGCAAAGCAUAUCGUAGUUCCUACAUUACCUUGGAAAAGGCGGGCCUGACUAGGCCACCUUCUUUUUUAAUAUAUGUGCAAGUAUACACAGCCUAUGUAGAAACCUGCAAGCAGAAUGUUGGGCUAGAUUUUUUUUGUUUUGGAAAGAUUUUGAUUUUCUGCCAAAAGUUUAUUUAUGAUCUCUUCUUGCCUAUUACCCUUGUUAAAAUCGGGCAUUUUAAUGUGUUGGCAGUGUGCACUCACAGGAGCUAUUUAUUCACAGUAAGAUCAUGCAUACUGGAAUAAAGUUGAUGUUUUUAAUUCAUGUGUAACAGCCAGGUUAGGAUGAGCUUAAGCAUUUUGAAAACAGCAGAAGCCCUUGAGAAACCCACUGCUUUGUGCAUCUAGGACUUAGCGUAGUAGGCACUUGGCUGGGCUUGGAGAAAAGAUAGAGCAGGCUGCCUCAGAGAGUGACAAAUCCAGUUUACUGGGAACUCUUUGUUACCCAUAAAGCGAUGUUUAGGUGUGUACCUGGUACUCGUGUAUGUGUGUGUGUCUGUCAUCCACUUCAGAAAGUCAAGACCAAUGAUAGCUUAGAACUGCUUGCUUUUUUUUUUUGUGGCCAUCACCUCAGAACCUGACACUCUGGGUGUCUAGGAUUAGUACUUCCUUGGGCAGUAUGUUCUACUGUUAGACUGCCGGAAUCUUUUAUUUCAUUGGCUGGGAUCUUAUUUUCAGAGUUUAGUUAAAGAGGGACUUGGUGCUGCCCAAGUCAAAAAUUUGUGAUACUCCAUCUGUUGGGUUAUUUCAUGGUCCGUGGAUGGGGAAUGAUGAGCCAAAGACACAGGGGGGUUACCAGAGUUUGGGUUUACCAAAUUCCCACUGAAAGAGUCCCAUUACUAGUUGCCCAGUGGUGAGCUCAUGACUCUGAGCCCCAGGAGUUCACUUACUCUCUUACCCACCUCAUACCAAUCCUCUUCUAGGAGCUGGUCCUGCUCGGUGCCUGGGCUUUCUUGUUCUCCAAGUGAGACUUAGAGGAAGCCCAUCGUACACUAGAUGAUCUCGGUCUUUGGGGAGAAUUGCCUGGGUCAUCGGAAAAUUGUAUUAAGGCUGUGGUCGUAAGCAGGCUUUCUGGUUACUAGCCUCUCUCUCCUUUUGAGUCCCUAGUUCUCCAUCUAUUUUCACAAAGGCCUCCUAUUUUAAAUAGGGUUUGUAGGUUUUUUUAGGUUUUUUGUUUGUUUUUUGGUGGGGUCAUAGGGGUUAAACUCUCACGGCCUUCUGGGAAAACCAGUUCUUGAAAUUCUGUUGCCCCUCUGGACCCAGGGGAAACCUCUGCCUAGCGACGUCUUUCCUGGGAGAAGACCUGUUUUUUCCACUGCUUGAAAAACGCAUUGUCGUCUUAGUUUGAAGGCAAAGAGGACAAAGCAUGAUAAAUCGUAAUGCCUGUUUAUCGUAUGAAUCAAAGUCAAUUUGCAAAUUCUCUGAAGAGGCUAUAUGUAAUGGACAUUCUACAAACUUCUUGUUUCCGGCAACAUUCAUAUCUCUCAGCCUAAUGGAUGGAAAUCAACUCUUGGGGAUGUUAAGAUUGCUCUUUUUCACUCCUCACUCCUGCUUCCUUUUGGUCAGUUUUUGUAAAAGUGUUUAGGGUUGUUCACAAGGCUGGUUGUUAAGAGACAGAACCAGCUUCCUGGAGAGAGGGCCCAGAAGGAUGGAUUUUAGGUGCUUUAUGGAAAUAAUACAUUGGCUUGUCUACCCAUAAGGCAGCAUUUCUUUUAGAUUGCUCUGGGAAAAUGUCGUACUUUUUUUUUUCCUCCUCCAUUCCAGAGAUUUGAAAUUUAAUAUUGAACUUGCUUGUGAUGUUUCUGUGAAUCCACUUCAUUUCGCUGGGAUCAGCCUUGAAAAUACGGGUUUUUAAGUGUAAAAUCCAAUAGCAGUACUUUUGCUAGCCUUUACAUUAAGCUGUGUGUUCAGGAUGGGAAGAAAGUGAUGGUUGUGAAAGUGAAGCGUUUCUAACAAUUCACUGCUCGGAAGACUUUUAGGUGUAGAAAGGAAGGCUAUCCAAUUUCUCUGUUGGUUAAGCAGAGCAAGUAUUGACUGUAGUACAGAAGUAUUGAGUCUGAAUCCCAAGAAUGCAAAUGACAUUAGAAACAGUUGCUAGUUGUGUGGAUUCCAAACAGCACUGUUGCGAGAGUUCUGCCUUAGUGUCUUUUAAGCCUGAAUUUUAACUGAAAAUCAAAUGCAUCAAAAGCCUUAUUGAGGGUGCUCCUGAGGAACAUUUUGAAUGAGACUAUAGCUCCAGGGCAUCUGCCAACAUCCAUAAAGCUUUUCUUUUAUUUUCUUUUUUAAGUAUAGCUUUUGAACUUUUUAAACAUUUUUAAGAUUUGCAACUUCUUGCCAUUUCUCCAUUCUGUUUGUGUGAAAUAAACUUGAGUCAAUACUGUUA